CAUGAUUCAUAUGGAUAUGGCCCGGUGAAUUGAUCAUCACCGUCCAUUUCGUCGGUUGCCUCUGGUGGUGAGAUCGUAGUCACCAUGCAAUGCUAGCUUUCACCUUUGAGCCAUUUUACUCUCUUCUAAACUAUUAGUGGUUCGAAAUACAAGCUAAGUUAAAUGUGUAUACUGACAUCAAAAAUACAAAUUUAUUUUUCAUUAUAAAGACUUUUAUACAUUUAUGUACCAAAUGUAAAGCCAGUGACAAGUAAGAUAGAAAUUUUAUUAAGUAGUACUUUGAAGCAUGGUCCAUGAAACCGUACCGGAGACCGUACCGGGAAAGUCAGCGUUAGGGUAUUUUAUGGUAAAACCGUGGUUUAAUCGUAGUUCAACCGUUAUACCGAUAAAUACCGCAUAUCGGUUUAGCCUCCGAUACUGAUAUUUAGUGGUUGAAACACCGGUACGGUACAGUUUAAUGGACACUGCUUUGAAGUGAGAAAGGGAGGACCAUUUCGAUGGAGUAUGAAGACUUGCAACCAACUUAUUCGUAUAGGCUGACUAAAGGAGCUUGGUCUCGCUCUCUGUGUACAGUGUACUUUUUCCUCUUAUGCUAAAUAAGACGACGAAGAAGAAGAAAGGUAGAGAGAAUAGAGACACCAUUAAGUUAAGUAGUGUCGUGGCGAAGGCAACACCACACGUACGUAGCUAAGUGAAGAUUAUAACAUCACAACGUAACUCACAAGUUUGUACUGAGUUGGUUAGAGUCAUGAUGGAUAGCUUUCACCUCUUCAAUAGCUUCAUAAAUUUGGCUGGUUAAUUGGAUGCCUUGGUACACGUAUGAUUGCAACACAAGGUUUGAAUUUGUGAGAAACCUUCCACGCAAAUUCGAUCGUUUGGAUGGGUUUCUAGACUCAUGCAUUGCUUUCAAGCUUUGUUGUAUCAUAAAUAUUUUUGUUGGUUGGCCGUGGAGGACACAUACACACCUGUCAAUAUUGAUACAUGCACGUCACAGUACGUAGUACUGUACUAUAUAUACAUACUGAUACAGUAGUUGAUAGGGGUGUUCAUUCGGGUUCGGUUUUUCGGGUUUACCCGAAACCGACCCAAUUAUAUACAUUUUCGGUUUUUGGGUUCGGGUUUGUUAUGGGUUUUUCGGUUUCGGGUUUGGUUUUGCUUAUCGGUUUUUCGGGUUCUGUCUGAAAACCUCCAAUGAAUAGAACACAGCCUGUGUUCUUAGGCGUUUGGGUUUUCGGGUUUUGGUUUUGCUUUAACCGAACCCGAUAAGAAAUUUUCGGGUUUCGGGUAACCGAAACCCACAAACUCUUAUCGGGUUCAGGUUCGGUUUUCUGUGAUUUUCAGUUUCGGAUUUUCGGGUUAUUUCGGGUUUCGGUUCGGGUAACCAAACCCGACCGGAACUGACACCCCUAGUAGUUGAUCGUUAUAUAUAAAAAAAUCACCCAUGCAAAGGGCUAUUAAUAAAUCAAUUAAACCAAAAAUCAUCAAUGGCCACCAUUCCACUACUGGCCAUUUUGCUACUAAUUCUCCUCUCCUUCACAUUCCUCCUAUGGCGGCCUUCCAUAGCUAGUAUUAGGAACAAAAACUUCUCUUUGCUCGAAUGGCCGCUGCUAGGCAUGCUUCCCGGCCUCCUUUGGAACGUGUGGGCCGACGAUCUCCAUGGCUGCAUCACUAGAACCCUCAAAGAAAACGGCGGCACGAUCGUGUUCAAAGGCCCGUCGUUCGCCGACAUGAACUUCAUCGUCACCUGCGAUCCCAUCAACGCCCACCACAUCUUCAGCAAGAGCUACGCCAAGUACGGGAAAAACGAAGAUUUCAGAGCCAUGUUCGAGGUCCUGGGAGACGGCAUCUUCAACGUGGACGGCGAGUCGUGGAAGUUCCAGCGCCAGAUGCUCCAUUCCAUCCUCAACAACGAGGAAUUGCAGAACCACAUGAUGACAACCCUCAAGCAGAAGAUGGAGGGCACCUUGUUCCGAAUUCUCGACGAUUAUUGUUCAUCCAGAACCGGAGCUGAGGUGGACAUGCAGGACGUGGCAAAGAAGUUCAUGUUCGACAACAUUUGCCUGUGGGUUUUGGGGUUUGAUCCAGGUUACCUAUGUGUAGAUGAGCGUUCAAAAACUUUCUCCUGUGGGAAAGCAUUCGAGGAAAUCGAGGAGGGGAUCAUAUACCGACAUAUAGUGCCCAAAGGUGUCUGGGAGUUCCAGAAAAGGUUUGAGAUUGGUUCGGAGAAGAAGAUAAGUCUAAGUACGAAGGUGUUGGAUGAGUUCUUAUACAAUGCCGUCAAGAUCAAGAAACAAGAGAUGCUGCACAAAGAAGAGCAAAGACAACAUCACGACAUGCUAACACAAUGGUUGGUGGCUGACCAUCAAAGCCCAGACAAGUUUCUAAGAGACAUCGCGCUUACACUAAUUUCAGCUGGGAGGGACACCCUAUCUUCCACUCUAUCUUUGUUGCUAUGGUUGGUCGCGACCCACCCUGACGUUGAGAGAAAGAUUCUUGGGGAGAUCGAACGAGUAAUUAUAGUCAUGACUAGGACUGCUAGAGGGACUUCGAGGUUUCUGAUCAGCAAGGAUGAUUUAAAUGAGUUAGUGUACCUUCAUGCCGCCAUUUACGAGACAUUGAGGUUGUACCCACCAUUGCCAUUCGAGCACCGAUGCGCCAAUGAAGCUGACGUGCUCCCUAGCGGCCAAAAAGUUCAUAAGGGAAUGAGGAUGUUGUUCUCCAUGUACUCCAUGGGGAGGAUGGAAGAGACGUGGGGGAAAGAUUGCAUGGAUUUCAAGCCUGAAAGAUGGAUUUCAGAUGAAGGAAAUAUAAUUCAUGUUCCGUCGCAAAAGUUCAUGACUUUUUUGACAGGACCGAGGACUUGUUUGGGGAAGGCGAUGUCUUUCAUGCUACUUAAAUUCAUGGUUAGUUCAAUUCUAUGGAACUACAAAUUCGAAAUGGUAGAGGGUCACAUCGUGAAGCCAACACCAUCCAUGGUACUGUCAAUGAAAGAUGGCUUGAAGAUGAGAGUUUCCAAGAGAAAUGUAUAGUUUCUUGUGAACAAGAACAUGAUCUAGUGGUACUACCAAUUGAACCUGAUUCUCUCGGAUUCAAAUCUCUCUAGUAGCAGAUAAUUAUGAAAAUAAAUCUAUAUCAGCCUUAUCUAAAAAAAGAGAGAUGUCAUUUUAUUUCUAAUCAAUAUUUAUGGUCUUUAGUAAAUAGAAAUGAGUACGUAUGGGUUGUGAGCUGCAUGGUUGUUACUAGUGUCGUAAUAAAUAAAAUGUGGGCUCCCAUCUGUCUCUUCCUCUCUUGCUUCGUUCCAAGGAACAUAGUAUAAUAACCAAUAACAGAUCUUUUUGGAAAGUUUUAGCCUAAAGUAAAAUAAUAAUAAUAAUAAUAAUAAUAAUACAUAGAAGCCUAGGUUGUGAGUUACUAUUUAUUAGUAACUCUCACACUCCUCCAAAUGCAAGUGGGGAAGUUCCAAGUUGCUUCUUUUACCCCACUCUCCAUUCUUGAACCUUUGUGUUUAGCUAUUGCUAGCUAGGUUUACAUCAAUUGAACCCAAACCAAUGUUGUUAGAACCGAACCGGAGCAUGACCCGGUAACACGAACGGCUCGCACUUUAGCGGUCCAAGCGGCAUUAGACCGUUUAAAAACCGUUAGAGAACCGGUAUCUAAUAAACGUUAUCAGUAUAAAUAGUGGACAUUUCUUAAUCAGAGCUCAUCUCUUUCCUUCAAAAUUGUGAAAUGGAAAUAAGGAUUCAAUUUGAGACCCCGACGUAUUUGGUUUAUUUCAAUUUUCAAUUUUCAAUUUUCUACAAUUUUUUUAAUUAAAUUUAGUGGCUGGAUGGCAAAAACCGGACGAGGGGCUUGAUCGGCUCGAACUGUCUGAGCCGGUUUUGUGACCGGGUGGCGAUUUUACCGGUCGGGCCGAGCGGCUCGACUCGGCUUUAAUAACACUGACCCAAACACAAGGGUAUCCUAACUUGAACCCAAGGAGCGGCCACGAGUUUUGUAUCGGGACCGAAUUUCAUCUUCUUUAGUGUUUUUUCCUUUCUCCUUUUCCUUUUGUUGAGCAUCAUCACAAUUGAACCCAAACAUUAAUUAAUAUAUAAAAUUCUAGGUUGUGAGUUACCACAAAUUUUGUAUCGGGACUGAGUUUCAUCCUCUUUAGUGCUUUUUUCUUUCUUCUUAUCCUUUUUGUUGACCAUGAUCACAAUUGAAUCCAAAUCCAUGGGUAUCCAACCUAAUUUAAUUAGGUCAAAGCGAUCGACUUGAAACUGACUUUAGUAUUUAUGAAUUUCUCUUUUUUUUCUUCUUUUGGUUGGUAAGAGAAUUGAACCCGAAUCUAAGUUAUUAACAAGUGUUGUAUUGUGAGCGAGUUUUAUCCGCUUUUAUUAUGAUCUGGCAUGUUUGGGAUAUCUUUGAUAUAGUGUCUUUUGGAGUAUUUUGUAGCUUUUUACGGUGAUAUAGCGUUGAACUGGCUAGUGGUGCUUUGUUUUUGCCCUGCGCAGAGCCUAUGAGGUCCACCUCGUUGUAACUAGUUCUUUUAUUUCUACGUUAUUAAAGCAACUGAUUCAAC